AUGGCUUCAUAAUCGGCUCUCUAAAACCCUCUCUAACUUUCUCCUUUCUCUAGUGGGUUCUCAUUAGUCAUCAUCACACUACCCAUCUGCUCAGCAUUCUUCUUCAUCUACAACCAUUUUUAAAUAAUCUAACUAUUUCCCUUCUUGAAAUCUCACACUGAAUAAUUCGGUGAAGAAUUUUUUACAAGAUGUUGGCUUUGUUCGAAACCCCAGCAGGUUUUGCCCUUUUCAAACUUUUAGAUGAAGAGAGACUUUCUCAAAUUGAGGAUUUGUGGAAAGACUUCGCCUCUAUUGAUUCAGCUAGAAAGAUAGUAAAGCUGAAAGCAUUUGACAAGUUUGAAAACACAUCAGAAGCAUUAUCAGCAGCCGCAUUAUUGAUCGACAGCAAACCAAGCAAAGGACUGAGAAAAUUCUUGAAAGCACACUGCAAGGGUGAAACAUUAGCUGUUGCUGAUUCUAAACUUGGAAAUGCUAUAAAAGAGAAACUGCAAAUUGAUUGUGUACACAAUAAUGCUGUGAUGGAGCUGAUGAGAGGGGUGAGAAGUCAGUUGACUGAACUUAUUGCUGGGCUUGGAACUCAAGAUCUUGCUCCAAUGAGUUUGGGUUUAUCUCAUAGCUUGUCAAGAUAUAAGUUAAAGUUCAGUCCUGAAAAGGUAGACACCAUGAUCAUUCAAGCUAUUGGGUUGUUGGAUGAUCUUGAUAAAGAGCUUAAUACAUAUGCCAUGAGGGUCCGUGAAUGGUAUGGGUGGCAUUUUCCCGAACUUGCAAAGAUUGUUCAAGACAACAUACUCUAUGCUAAGACCGUGAAGUUGAUGGGUGAUCGUGCUUAUGCUGGGCAGCUAGACUUCUCUGAGAUAUUGCCCGAGGAGGUCGAGACAGAGCUUAAAGAGGCUGCCAUGAUUUCUAUGGGAACUGAAGUCAGCGAUCUUGAUCUAAUCAAUAUCAAGGAGCUUUGUGACCAAGUUUUGUCUCUAGCAGAAUACAGAGCUCAGUUAUACGAUUAUUUGAAAAGCAGAAUGAACACAAUUGCUCCAAAUUUGACUGCUCUUGUUGGUGAGCUUGUUGGUGCUCGUCUAAUUGCCCAUGGUGGGAGUUUGAUAAACCUUGCAAAGCAGCCCGGGAGCACUGUGCAAAUUCUUGGGGCAGAGAAAGCUCUUUUUCGAGCCUUAAAGACAAAGCAUGCAACUCCGAAAUAUGGUCUUAUCUAUCAUGCUUCGUUGAUUGGACAGGCUGCCCCUAAGCACAAGGGCAAAAUUUCUCGUUCUCUUGCAGCAAAAACUGCAUUAGCAAUUCGUUAUGAUGCUCUCGGAGAUAGCCCUGAUAGCACUAUGGGACUUGAAAAUCGGGCCAAGCUUGAAGCACGUCUAAGGAACCUUGAAGGUAAAGAAUUGGGUCGGUCUGCGGGAUCAGCCAAGGGAAAGCCCCAAAUAGAAGCCUACAACGAAGAUCAUAAAAAGGGUGCAGGGGCUCUAAUUACCCCUUCAAGGAGUUAUAAUCCAGCCUCUGAUUCCAUUCUCGGUAAGGAUGAGAGUACGACAGAGGGAACAAAGAAGUCAAAGAAAGAAAAGGAGAAAAAGAAGUCUCCUGUUGUAGAAAAUGAUGAUGGCGUGGAUGAAAAUGUUGAAGCUCAAGACAAAAAGUGUGCAAAAAAAGAGAAAAAGAAAAAGAAGCAUGCUAAGAAUGAUGAAGACGAAGUAGAAGAAAAAGAUGUCCAACAAGAUGAGGAGAUCACGAAAAAGGAAAAGAAGAAGAAGAAGAAGAAGCAAGCCGAGGACGAGGAAAGUGUCGAAGUUGUAGAAAAAGACAAGAAAAAGAAGAGAAAGCACGCGGAUGACGAAGCAAAAGUUGUGAGUGAAAAGGAGAAGAAAAAGAAGAAAAGGAAGGUUAGCAAGGAAUAGGGUAAAGAUAAACAAUUUUGGGCAUGGUUGAAAAACCAAUGGGAAUGAUAUUCCUUUGGAAAUUCCUGCUUGCUGGGCUGGGUGUUUCUUUUUGGUUGUGUAUGUGUCUGUUUGUUUGUUCAAGAGUCAAGACUACUGACACUAUAGUCUAUAGCACAAAAUCCUGUAAGUUAUGUUAUUUGUUGGCAUAAAUUAUUUUUGACUAAUUCUAUCCAAGAUCAGGAUUUUCAUUUAGGGAGUAGGUUGGGAAUGGGAGGAAACUGUUUUGAAAUAUAUUUCUACUCAGUGUUCUUGGAUUUGUGAGCUUAUUAUAGCUGCUUCUACUCCAAAUUCUUUUUAUACUCAUAAUAUUUGAGAAUGACAA